AUGGAAAAUCGUGAUGGUAUGUUACUUACUGCUGUUUAUCAAAAGCCGUCUUAUGAACCAUAUUACUUGCCGUUCAAUAUUGUACACCCAUUACAUAUGAAGAAGAAUAUAAUUUUUACUAUGUUUCUUCGUAUUAUUAGAUACUGUUCAACUUUUCAAGCUUAUUUGAAUGAACGUGAAAAAUUACGAAUGACAUUAUUAUUAAUUAAAUAUCCAAAUAGAAUUAUUGAUGAACAAUUUAAUCAUGUAUUAUCAAAAUUUAAUAUUGAUCAACCAUUAGAUUUUAAUAAUUAUAAUUUCAUCCGUCAAAAAAUUAUAGAAAUACCUAUUAAAGAAAAAAUACCAGUGGAUUACGGUAAGAUAAUGUUUGUCCAUUUUACUUAUUGUUCAAGUAUGAGAACGUAUCCAAAAAAAUUUCAUGCCCUCUGGAAUGAAUAUUUUGGUGAAUCUCCGAUUAAUGAAGUCUUACCUGUUUUUGGUACACGUAAUGUUAAAAAUUUACAAAGACAAUUAAUCUAUACAAGAUAA